AAAUUAACAACCGGCAUUCAAUUUUCCACAGUUUUUUAAUACCUUACAAGUAAGAAGGUUGCUCAUAUUAAACCAGGUGCCAAAAUGUCUACUACAACUGUUCAUUAUUUGUUAAGUUUUAUUCUAUGUUCCACAUAUUAUUUAUUGCCAGUAAGAGGUUCUGUAAAAGGAGCCGUUCCUUUAGAUGAAUUCACUUUCGAUAGAAUCAUUUCCAAAUUUGAUACGGUUUUAGUAAAGUUUGAUGCUGUUUAUCCAUAUGGGGAGGCACACGACGCUUUUAAUAAAGUCACCGAAGAGUUAAAAACCUCGGAUGAUAUUUUGUUGGCCGAGGUUGGCAUUAAGGACUUUGGCGAACAUGAUAAUCAGAAGCUAGGAGAGAGAUUUGGUAUUAUGAGCAAAAAAGACUGGCCAGCAUUAAGAUUGUUUGUCAAGGGUGAAGAUGAACCAUUUAGCAUGAACAACAAUCAUGUAUGGAACGUGGACGAAAUUAAAAAAUUUAUUAAGGAACAUAGUAAUGUGUAUUUGGGGUUGACUGGCUGUUCACAGUCUUUUGAUCGGUUGGCUGGUGAAUUUGCGGGAGCCAUAGAUAAAGAGGCUAUUUUAAAAUUGGCAGAGAAAACUGCCGAAGGACUGACAAAUGAGAAUGAGAAACGUACGGCUGCUAUUUACAUAAAAUACAUGAAGAAGGCCCUCGAGAAAGAAACGUUUGUAGAAGACGAAAAGAAACGUUUGAAAAAAAUCAUGGAGAGCAAAAUAAAAGAGGAGAAAAAACAGGACUUGCAAGUGCGCUCUAACAUCUUGUCCUCGUUUACUCCGCUUAAAACGGAACUCUGACACAACGUUUUUAUAAAAAAGAUUUUGUUUAGUAUAGCGGUUAUUAAUUUUAUCUUAUUGGCGGGUUACGUUUUAUAUUUGCACGAUCGGAAAGUAGCGGUGCAGAUUAAUAUGGAAAUCGGAGGAGGAGGUGGUGGUGGUGGUGAACUACAUGAGGAUUAAGACAAUAAUUCAAUUAAUGUUUUAUAGCUUAGUCAGACAAUCAAGGGAACUGUGUUUAAUUCUUCAUCAGUGUACUGAUUAGUUUAUGUGAUAUUUCUUUCAUUCCAUUCAUUAUAGUGUUUUUUAUAUAUUAGAUUUUAAUCAAACCAACUUGAACAGUCUAUAGAAAAAAAAAUGUGUUAAUAAUAAAAGUCUCAAUAUA